AUGGAUUCUAUAGCAUAUCUGGAGGAAGCAGUUGAAGUGUCCUUCUCGGAAUCGAUCGUGGCACGGGACGACGCGCUCGCGGUGCUGUCGGCCGUGCCAGGUCUGGGGCCCCCGGACUUGUGCUGGCUGCAGAAAGGCCGUGGUGCCUGGUCGCCUGGCGACGACGGUGUUGCGGCAGGCUCCCACGGCUACUAUCACCACGUGUUGGGCGGCGAUGUUAGCAGCACCGGCGCCAUCGCUGGGCAGUUUGCCGAGCUGUUGGCAGGCAUCGAGCGCCCCGGCUUGCUGGCAGGGCUGUGGAGCGGCUCUGAGCUUUCGAUCCAGCGCGGCUUCUACUGCUGCUACGAUGCCAUCUCGCGCACCGACCUGCGCUGCGAACUCUGUGUGCCCGGCGGCGUGGUGGGCGAGGGGCACUACCCCGAGGCGCUGGUCACGCUCAACGCAGUGCCAACGCCACCCCUGCCGCGUGACGAGCGCGAGCUGCUGAUGGUGGUGCCCCCACCAGAGCCGCAGCGCAACACCACGCCGCAGGCCAAGCCGUAUCAGCCAGACCUGGAGGCGGCGCGCGCCCUGGCCCUAGAGGAUGGCGACACUGGUGGCACGUCGCGGCUGCUGGCCUACCUGCCUGGUGCGGUGCUGCUCAACAGAGAGCCCGCAGACUCGGGGCCCUGGCCAGACCCCUCUCCCAACCGCAUCACGCGCGCCGUGCUGGGGGCGGUGUACGGCCAGCUGCAGGACAUUGUCGGCGCCAUCGGCUGGCGCCAGCAGCAGUGGCAAGGGUGA